AUGUCUGAUAGUAGGUGUGUUGAUGGGAUUGAAGAAGAUGGGUUUGACAUUACUGAUCUUGAUGAAUUAUACAGAAGAAAUGUACGAUGUACUGACGGUGAAGGUUCAAUGGGGAGGGGUAUGGAGGUUGGAGAGACUAGUUUGUAUGUAGAUACAUUAUCUGAUAAUGUAGAUUUCAUGAAUAUGAGUAGUCCAGUUGAGUAUACACAUCCUGAGUUCAAUGCUGAGGUUGAUAUGGAGAAUCUUGUCUUCAAGUUGGGGAUGUUCUUUAGCAAUGCUAAAGAGUUUAGAGAAGCAGUUAGGAAUCACGCCAUAAAAAAUGGGAGACGAGUGAGGUUCACUAAGAAUACAUCUAAGAAGUUAAGAGCAGUGUGUUCUAACGGUUGUGAUUGGCUCAUAUAUGCUUCCAAAGUGCAGAGGGAGCAUACUUUACAAGUUAAAACCUUUAACCCCGUGCAUACAUGUAAUAGAGCACUACAUGUUCCUCAAGUAAGCUCUAAAUGGUUGGCAAACAAGUAUUGUGAUAGGUUGAGGAAUAAUCCAACAUGGUCGGAUGCUUCACUGAAGAAAGCAAUGGAGUCAGAGAAUGUUUUGAAGCUGUCCAAGACAAUGGUCUAUAGAGUUAGGGCUAUAGCAAUGAGUAUGAUUACAGGGAAUGAAGAUGAGCAAUUUUGGAUGCUUAGAAGUUAUUGCCAAGCACUUCUUGAUUCCAAUCCGGGAUCCACCUGUGUAAUCAAGAGUGAGCAAUGUCAAGACCAAUUCAAGUUUAGAGGAGUCUACAUAUGUCUGGAUGCAUUGAGGAGGGGUUUUCUAGAAGGAUGUAGGUGCUUUAUGGGGUUUGAUGGUUGCCACUUGUCAUCUGGCUACAAGGGCAUUCUUCUAGCAGCUGUUGGCAUAGAUGGAAAUGAUCAGAUGUAUCCAUUUGCAUGGGCAAUCGUUGGACAAGAAACAUACAAGACAUGGCAAUGGUUUAUUAGUAUGAUUGUCGAAGAUUUGGGAAGUACAGACCCUGCAAAUUCAAAGUACUGGACUUUUUUGUGUGACAAGCAAAAAGGAUUGGUGCAAGCACUAGCAAAUCUAAUGCCUGAAGCAGAAAAUAGAUUUUGCUUGAGGCAUCUUUACGAGAACUUUAGGCUACAUCACAAAGGACUAGAACUUAAAAUUUUGGUUUGGAAGGCUGCCAUGGCCACUAGGGUAUGUGAUUUUGACUUGGCAAUGGAAGAGCUUAAGGCAGUUGAUAGAAAAGCUUAUGAUUGA